AUGUCGUCGCCGCGAGGGUCACCCUCGCCCAACGGCUCACCACAGAGUCCCGCAUCGAACGUCCUUACACCCAGCCGGAAAGUACAAGCACUUCUGGCACAAUUCGACGAUUCAGACUCCGACAGUCCUUCUGAGCAGCCUGGGACUAGGUCUGCCAAUCCACCCGCUCAAAUCCAGAACGCUGAAAGCCAUGCUGGUCAAGCCAUGGCCUCACAACCACAGGAUGAUUCGGAAGAGGAGGAUAUACUGCCGGCAGCCCCUCGUUCGAGAAUUGCUGCUCGUCUACAAGGUGUAGCGAUUCUUCCUACUGCUUCGAACGAUGACCGCGAGAAGCCUGCGUCAACGGAUGUGCAGCAAGACGUAUCAAUGCCUUCAGAGCACAGUGAAGAUGAAGGACCUAUAAUGAGGCGAAGACUACUUACGAAGCGUAAGAUCAAACCUGUGCAGUCAACGCCUGCUUCCCGCGGAUCGAGGUCGCCCUCUGCAGACACUCUGCCGUCUCCAUCAGCCAUAAACCCAGAUCCAAGCACCACUCAACAACUCCACGGUUCUGAGUCGAAUGAUGAGCAUAGGAGCUCACCUGCAGGCAAAUCGAAGUUCUUGGCCCUUGUUGAGAAACAUAGAAAACAGCGUCUGGAAAAGGAGGCUGAAGAAGCCGCAAAAAAAGCCGCGCGCAUUGAGGCUCAGAAGAGUCAAGAAAGUACAGGUCGCCUACCUAGGGGUUCAAGUCCGGCCGACGAUUCCGACGAAGACAGUGACAUUUUUGGCGACGAUGCAGGCGAAAAGCUGGCUAAGCAGGCUCGACCUUCUCGAAAAGCCAGUAAAAAGGCUAUAGAGGAGAUGAACCGGGAAACCCAACGAAUUACUCGAAAUAUGCAACUUGCACACCAGGCCCGCACGAAGAAGAAAAUCACCAAGGACAGUCUCCUGGCGAGAUUCAAUUUCUCUACGUCUGCUAGCUCUCGAGAUCAGAAGUCGCCGGAACCAGAGAAUCAUUUAGUCACCGGAAGUUCAAGAGCCGGCUCGGAUACUGAAGCGAACAAAGGCCACAGUACACCUCCAACAAGCCCUAUGAUGGCAGAUAACACCACUGACAGACCCAAGACCCCGACCAGUCAAGCCGUCGACACACGACAUGGCUCUGGAAGCGAGGCCGGAAGCGAAGGUGAAGAAAACUUGUUUAAGACUGGUCCAAAAGUCGAUAAAGGAAAAGGCAGAGCUCUGUCGGUCGAGCCCUUCCCGGACAUCCAGCAGGUUCUCGCGGCGCAGUCGGUAGACCCACUGACAGACCCAAGUUUGGUGCGAAAUUCAUCAGACGCCCCGCAAAAGCCAACAGUUAAGCCGUUUCAAUCUAAAUGGUCAGCACUGGCUCUCAAAAACUCAGAAGACGAUGAUACAGAGUCGGAUCUUGAGGUGGUCACGAGUCGAGGCGAAGUUCGAAAGUAUGCAGCCUUCGAACAUUUACCGAGACGCAAAGCUAAAGAGGCUCCGUCACAUCUGGCACUGCGGUCUUUGGCAAACUUGAUCGGUAGCGAGGAACGCAAGAGUUCAAUGAAUGCUGCCCAGAUGGAAGCAGCUCUUCGAAAGGCAGCACGCAUGCAAGCACGAAAGGAGCGGCAGGAGAAAAUAGAAGAACUUAAAGCUAGGGGAGUAAUGAUCCAAACGGCUGAAGAGCGAGAACGCGAACAGCAAGAAGUGGAAGAUCUACUGGAGCGAGCCAGGCAGGAAGCCGUGGAGAUACAGAAACGGGAGAAGGCCCUAGCGAAAAAGGAGGGCACCCUCACGAAAGACGGUUUAAAUGACGACGACGACGAAAGUGACGCCGAUUUCGAAGACGACGAAGCCGAGAUCUCUCUAUCCGGCGAAGACGAAGAUGGUGAAGUAGAAGACGAUGAUGAAGGCGACGGUGAAGCGGAGGACGCCGAAGAUGGGGACGCCGAGGGAGGUGCCCUACUUGACGCAGAAGCUGACGAAGAAGAGCCGCUUGAAGAAGGGUCACAAAGUGAUGAUGCCGAGGCAGCCAGUCGAACUGGGGAUGGCCUUGAUCUAGACGGUCGUUCGGUUAACCGUCCCGCCAGGAAGAAUCGCACAAAUCGGGUGCUUAGCGACGAUGACGAGGAAGAAGAGGAAGACUGGAACGCAAAACCCAGGUCACCCCAGCUUCCAGCUCCGGCUAAAACGCCUCAGUCUCUGUCUCGCUCUGCUCGAAAACAAAUUCCAGGACUACAGAUGUCUGAUGACCUACCAAUUGGGCUCACCCAGGCUUUUGCAGCGACGAUGGCUGAUUCUCAGUCUCAACUGGAACAAGAACAAGACAGCCUUACCAUGACAAUGGACCUGCCAUCUCCCAACAUCUCGAUGGUUCCACAACUCAACCGUCUCGACUCUGUGGACAUGAUCAGUGACAGCCAACCAGCAUCACAAACGCAGCCACUGAACGUCGACCUGUCCUUUUCGCAGUCUCAGCGGGUCCCUCAAACCCCUGGGACAGCUUCGGGAGCUGGAGCGCGGCAAUUUACUCCUUCACAAGCAGCUGUAUUUGAGCCAACUCAAGAUAAUGGGUACAUGUUGACUCCCUUCGCCGGCAAUCGAUUCGCAACGGAGACACCGCAGCAUCCUGGCCCACAAUCUACCAUGGACACUGUCUUGCUUACAGAAGACGCUGCAAACAGCCCCAUUAUGCAAAGGAGAGCCAGAUUCCGCCGCGGCCGCGCCAACAGCCGCGAAAGCGAUGAAGAGCAAGCGUCUGUGGCAGACGUGUCCGCAUUCGAUAUUAUGCGUCGGGCAACCAAGCAGAAAGAGCGUGACGCGUUCGAUAAGGCGAAAUCCCAUGCUCGCGAGAUUGUGGAUGAAGCUGCAGAAGAAUCCGAGGACGAGUAUGCAGGUCUUGGCGGAGCAAGCGACGAAGACAUCAACGACGAAGAGAAUGAAGAAGACCGAAAAAUGAUCGAUGAAGACACCCAGGUUGGAGCUGGUGAUGAGGCUAAGUUAGCUAAGCUCUUUGCCGAUAGAGAGCGUCAGCAGGAUGAGGCGGCGGUCUCGAAACUGCUCAAAGACAUCACCACGGGAGCUUUGCGACGGAAACGUGGGAACGAUGAUCUGGACCUCUCAGACGAAGAGGAUGCCCUCGUACGUAGAAGAGAGGCUAAAAGACGGGAGUUUGCCCGCAUGCGCCGCGAACUGCUCAAGGAUGAAGCGGUCGGCAAGAUCGCAGAGGACAAGAAGAAGGAAGCUUUCCUACGAAGUCUGGAAGAUCGACCGGUCAGCGACGAUGAAGAUGAUGAUUUCGACUUGCCCGAAACGCCGCUCGAGGAGGAGUCCCAGCCAGCUGCUGAGGCUGAAACCCAGCCGAAAGAGUCCGAAGCUCCAACAACUGCCAAAGACGAGGGUCAAGGAAACAAGCAGCCUCUGACAACUGCACCAGCAUCGAGAUUGAACCAGAUGAAACGAUCUCUUGGUCGUGGAAGCUCGGCUAUCAACCGACGACCGACCACAUUGGCGGAGAUUCGAGAGUCUGUGUCAUUCCUCAUUGAAGAGCCCGAUUCACAAGCUUCCAUGAUCGACCUUGGUCUGUCUGACUCUGAGGACGAGCCCGAGGCUUAUGUUGACCUGGAUCGACAUCUUCAAGCCGCCGAGGCGGACGAAAACGCAGACGAUGGCGAAGACCUGGGCGAUUUUAUUGUUGACGACAAUGAUGGUAACGACGGUGCCAGUCAGGAAAAGUCCAAGGACGAGAGCAGUAUCUUCAAGAAACCAGCCGUGCCUUAUAGCCGUGCUGCAUAUUCGGAGCGUCGUACAAAAGAACGGCCAAACGUGGUCAAUCGACUGAGCAUGCUGCGGCAGUCAUCGUCUUCCUCGUCCAACUCCUCCAGCAACACGAAGAUGGCUUUUUACACGAGCAGCUCUAUGUCUAGUACAUCAUCGUUCAGUAAGGUCCCGGCCUUGCUUCGUCGAGCAACCACAAAAUCCAGCCUCGGCAGUAUGGCUAUUGGAGGGCGAGAUGAGAAUGUCUCGGCCACGGGAGUGGUGACCACCAACAACAGAACUGAGCGUGGAAAGGCCAGUGGGGAGAAGGAGUUUGUCAGGAAAUCCACCGGUGGGCAGCGCGCCGCUGUCAAUUAUAGGCCGACGAUCAGGGAGGAAAAGAUGAGCCAACGCGCUGGCAUUGCGAAGAAAAUGGCGGCGGCUAAGAAUAAGAAGACCAAGGGUGGGUUUUUGGGAGGUUUGUUUCAGCGGGACAGUUGGGCGUGA